AUGUCGGGUAGUACUAGUAGGGAGUCUGAGCAGCAGCCGCUGACGCCGCUUACGAGGACUCAGAACUUGGGAAAUCUAAUUGAUAGUGAAGUUGUGCCAUCGUCGCUUAUUGAGCUUGCGCCAAUCCUUCGUGUUGCUAAUGAAGUUGAAUCCAGCAAUCCAAGGGUUGCUUAUCUCUGUCGAUUUUAUACUUUUGAAAAAGCUCAUCAGUUGGAUCCGACAUCUAGUGGACGCAGUGUUCGCCAAUUUAAAACUGCACUUAUUCAGCGUCUUGAAAGGGACAAACAACCUACCUUAGAGGUAAGGGCAAAAAAGAGUGAUGCACUUGAAAUGCAGAGCUUUUGUCAACAUUACUACAAAAAAUAUAUACAAAUGUUGGAGAAUUCUGAUAAAGCUGAUCGUGCACAACUUUCCAAAGCAUACCAAACUGCCGCUGUCCUGUUUGAGGUUCUGAAGGCUGUCAAUCUGACACAGGCUGUUGAACUUGAUCAUGAGAUUUUGGAAACUCAUAAUAAGGUUGCAGAAAAAACCAAAAUUUAUGUCCCUUACAAUAUUCUCCCUCUUGAUCCUGAUAGUGGAAAUCAGGCUAUCAUGAGAUAUCCUGAGAUUCAAGCUGCAGUUUUUGCACUUCGUAAUACAAGGGGACUGCCAUGGCCGGGGGACUACAAGAAGAAAGUCGAUGAAGACAUUCUUGACUGGCUUCAGGCCAUGUUCGGAUUUCAGAAGGACAAUGUGACUAACCAAAGGGAGCACUUAAUUUUGUUGCUUGCAAAUGUACAUAUUCGACAAUUUCCGGAGCCUGAUCAGCAACCUGAGCUGGAUGAGCGUGCAUUGACUGAGGUCAUGAAGAAACUGUUUAAGAAUUACAAGAAAUGGUGCAAGUACUUGAAGCGCGAGAGUAGUCUUUGGCUGCCAACUAUACAAAAGGAAGUGCAACAGCGUAAACUAUUGUACAUGGGCCUUUAUCUUCUAAUUUGGGGUGAAGCAGCAAAUUUGAGAUUCAUGCCUGAAUGCCUUUGCUACAUCUAUCAUCAUAUGGCAUGUGAACUCUAUGGGAUGCUUGCUGGAAAUGUCAGUUCCAUGACGGGUGAGAAUGUGAAGCCAGCUUAUGGAGGUGAAGAAGAGGCUUUCUUGGGAAAAGUUGUUACUCCAAUUUAUGAAACAAUUGCAAAGGAAGCUCAAAGGAGCAAGUGGGCAAAAUCAAAGCAUUCACAGUGGAGGAACUAUGAUGAUUUAAAUGAGUAUUUUUGGUCAGGUGAUUGUUUCCGGCUAGGUUGGCCAAUGCGUACUGAUGCCGAUUUCUUUUGUCCGUCUUUGGAUCAGCUACGGAGUGACAAAAAUGCAGAGAUCAAAUCAACCAGAGAUUGGCGGGUUGGCAAAAUUAAUUUUGUUGAGAUACGUUCAUUUUGGCAUAUCUUCAGAAGCUUUGAUAGGAUGUGGUGCUUUUUUAUUUUGUGUUUACAGGCUAUGAUAAUUGUUGCGUGGAAUGGUUUGGGGCAACUAAGCUCAAUCUUUGAUGCUGAUGUUUUCAAAAAGGUGCUUUGUGUCUUCAUAACAGAUGCAAUCUUGAAGCUUGGACAAGCUGUCCUGGAUGUAAUCCUCAGCUGGAAAGCAAGACGGAGUAUGUCAUUUGCAGUAAAGCUAAGAUAUAUCUUAAAGGUUGUGUCAGCAGCUGCGUGGGUGAUUGUUUUACAUGUGACUUACACUUACAAUUGGGAGAAUCCUCCUGGGUUUGCACAAACUAUAAAGAAUUGGUUUGGCAAUGGUGCAAAGUCAAUAUAUAUCAGGGCUGUUGUCAUACUCAUCUACCUGUUGCCACAUAUGCUAGCUGCAUUGCUUUUUAUGUUCCCCUUCCUUCGGCGAUUUCUUGAAAAGUCAAAAUUUAAAAUUGUGAUGCUCGUGAUGUGGUGGUCCCAGCAUCAGCUUUAUGUUGGGAGGGGAAUCCAUGAGAGUAGCUUCUCAAUUUUUAAGUACACCAUGUUCUGGCUUCUGCUUAUAAUAACAAAGAUUGCAGUCAGUUACUAUGUAGAGAUAAAGCCUCUUGUGGGUUUAACAAAAACUAUCAUGCAAGUUCAGAUAACAACUUUCAAAUGGCAUGAGUUUUUCCCACUAGCCUGCAGGAACAACAUUGGUGUUGUGAUUGCACUCUGGGCUCCUAUUAUUCUUGUAUACUUCAUGGAUACCCAGAUUUGGUAUGCUAUUUUCUCCACAAUAUUUGGAGGUAUCUAUGGGGCAUUUCGUCGUAUUGGAGAGAUUCGAACCUUAGGAAUGUUAAGAUCCAGAUUUCAAUCAUUGCCGGGUGCUUUUAAUGCCUGCUUGAUUCCAGUGGAGAAGAGUGAAACAUCUAAAGAAAAGGGGCUGAAGGUUACUUUAUCUCGGAAAUCUGCUGAUAUCCCGCCCAAUAAAGAAAAGGAGCAUGCCAAGUUUGCGCAGUUGUGGAACCAAAUAAUAGAAAGUUUCAGGGCGGAAGAUCUGAUCAGUAACAGGGAAUUGAAUUUGUUGCUUGUUCCAUAUUGGGUUGACCGUGAUUUACAACUUAUCCAAUGGCCUCCAUUCUUACUUGCUAGCAAGGUCCCAAUUGCAUUAGAUAUGGCUAAAGAUAGCCAUGGUAAAGAUCGUGAACUGAAGAAGAGACUUCUUGCAGACAACUAUAUGUUUUGUGCGGUUUGUGAAUGCUAUGGUUCGUUUAGAAAUAUUAUCAACUAUCUAGUACAAGGAGUUCAUGAAAAAAUUGUUAUAAAUGUUAUAUUCUCUGAAGUUGACAAGUACAUAGAAGCGGACACUCUUAUUAAAGAAUUGAAGAUGAGCGCACUCCCAAGCCUCUAUGAACAUUUUGUUAAGCUUAUCACGUAUUUGCAAGACAAUAAAUCUGAAGAUAGGGAUCAGGUUGUAAUCCUCUUCCAGGACAUGCUGGAGGUUGUGACAAGAGACAUAAUGGAGGAUCUGAUUCCUAGUAAUCAAGAAUCAAGUCGUGGUGGAUCUUAUGCGAGGCAUGAAGGGAUGGCCACCCUUGAAGAUCAAACACAGUUAUUUGCUUCACCUGGUGCUAUCAGAUUCCCAAUAAAACCAGAGACUGCAGCCUGGAAAGAGAAAAUUAAAAGGCUUCACCUGUUACUUACAGUGAAGGAGUCUGCGAUGGAUGUGCCAACCAAUUUAGAAGCGAGAAGACGUAUUUCUUUCUUCUCAAAUUCCUUGUUUAUGGGCAUGCCUCCAGCACCCAAAGUUCGCAAUAUGCUUUCAUUCUGUGUUUUGACUCCUUACUAUAUGGAGAAGGUUCUUUUUUCGACACAUGACCUUGAACUGAAUGAAGAUGGUGUUUCCAUCCUUUUCUACUGGCAGAAAAUAUUUCCAGACGAAUGGACAAACUUUCUUGAGCGUUUUGGGGUGAAAAGACCUGAGGACCUGGAUGAAGCUGUCAGACAGAAUCCAGACCUAAAAGAAGAAAUUUGUCUUUGGGCAUCGUAUAGAGGGCAAACUUUGACUAGAACUGUAAGAGGCAUGAUGUAUUACCGGAAAGCUUUGGAACUUCAGGCCUUCCUUGAUAUGGCUAAAGAAGAAGAUUUGUUGGAAGGCUAUAAGGCCGUGAAUUCUGAGGAACACUCACAGAGUGAAAGGUCGUUAUUUAUGCAGUGUCAAGCUGUAGCUGAUAUGAAAUUUACAUUUGUGGUUUCCUGCCAAAAAUAUGGAAUUGAUAAGCGGUCUGGCAAUGCUCGUGCACAGGACAUUCUAAGACUUAUGACAACAUAUCCAUCUCUGCGUGUAGCUUACAUUGAUGAAGUUGAAGAAACUAGCAAGGAUAAGUCGAAACGGAUAAAUCGCAAGGUUUAUUAUUCUGCACUUGUUAAAGCUGCACCUAAGUCUCCAAAUACUUCGGAGCUAGUACAACAGCUAGAUCAGGUAAUUUAUCGGAUAAAGCUUCCAGGACCUGCUAUACUGGGUGAAGGAAAGCCGGAGAAUCAGAAUCAUGCAAUUAUUUUCACACGUGGAGAAGGGUUGCAGACAAUUGAUAUGAACCAGGAUAACUACAUGGAAGAAGCAUUCAAAAUGAGGAACUUGUUGGAAGAAUUUCAUAAAAACCAUGAUGGCGUGAAAAAUCCAUCGAUACUUGGACUUAGGGAGCACAUAUUUACUGGAAGUGUUUCUUCCCUUGCAUGUUUUAUGUCAAAUCAGGGAACCAAUUUUGUGACUAUUGUGCAGAGAUUGUUGGCAAACCCUUUGAAGGUCCGGUUCCACUAUGGCCAUCCAGACAUAUUUGAUAGACUUUUUCACCUGACAAGAGGGGGUGUUAGUAAAGCAUCCAAGAUCAUCAAUUUAAGUGAGGAUAUAUUUGCAGGUUUCAACUCUACUCUUCGUGAAGGCAACGUUACUUACCAUGAAUACAUGCAAGUUGGUAAGGGGAGGGAUGUGGGUUUUAACCAGAUCUCUCUGUUUGAGGCAAAGAUAGCUAUUGCCAACGGUGAGCAGACACUAAGCCGUGACAUCUACCGGCUUGGACACUGUUUUGAUUUUUUCCGAAUGUUGUCAUGCUAUUUUACCACAGUUGGUUUUUAUUUCAGUUCUCUGGUAACUGUGCUCACUGUCUAUGUAUUUCUUUAUGGUCGCAUUUACCUCGUUCUUAGUGGACUUGAGGGAGAUCUGAUUACACAAACAGCCAUUCAAAACAUUAAGCCCCUACAAGUGGCUUUUGUUUCUCAAUCUCUUGUGCAACUUGGGUUCCUGACGGUCUUGCCUAUGAUGAUGGAGAUUGGCUUGGAAAGAGGAUUCAGCACUGCACUAACUGAUUUCAUAAUGAUGCUGGUACAGAUGGCCCCUGUGUUUUUCACAUUUUCUCUUGGAACAAAAGCCCACUACUAUGGAAGGACAUUGCUUCAUGGAGGGGCAGAAUACAGAGCUACUGAUCGUGGUGUUAUGAUGGUUCGUGCCAAGUUUGUAGAGAAUUAUAGAUUAUACUCCCGCAGUCACUUCGUCAAGGGAAUUGAGUUGAUGAUUCUACUAAUUGUGUACCAACUUUUUGAUCGUUCAUACGGAGGUUCAGUGUCACGUGUCUUGAUCACUAUCUUAAUGUGGUUCAUGGUUGUGGCAUGGCUUCUUGCUCCCUUCCUUUUCAAUCCAUUAGGAUUCGAGUGGCAAAAGAUUGUUGAUGACUGGACCGUAUGGAAUAAGUGGAUGAACAAACAAGAAGUGAUUGGUUUAACUCCGGAAGAGUGUUGGGAAUCAUGGUGGGAGACACAGCAAGAACAUCUUAGAAUUUCUGGGAAGCGUGGUAUCAUUGCAGAGACUGUGUUAGCAUUGCGAUUUUUUAUCUACCAGUAUGGGCUUGUUUACCACUUGAACAUAACAAAGAGAACGAAAAGUGUUCUGGUCUAUGGUGCUUCAUGUCUUGUGAUUAUUGGCAUAUUGAUUAUGAUGAAGAUUGUGUCUGACGUAAGACGAAAAUUCAGCGCCAACUUUCAGCUUAUCGUCCGGUUUUUCGAGGGAUUUAUCUUCACAGCAUUUGUCUCUAUUUUGGCCACUUUGAUAGCUCGUCAAUAUAUAACAGCGCGUGACAUCUUUCUUUGCUUUCUUGCUUUCGUGCCGACUGGAUGGGGAUUGCUCCUGAUUGCACAAGCGCAUAGGCCUCUUGUUCAUCGUAUUGGCUUCUGGAGAACGUUUAGGAACCUUGCUCGUGGCUAUGAAAUUGUAAUGGGAUUCCUUCUGUUCCUCCCUAUUGCAUUUCUGGCCUGGUUCCCAUUUGUUUCAGGAUUCCUGGCCUGGUUCCCAUUUGUUUCAGGAUUCCUGGUCUGGUUCCCUUUAGUUUCAGAAAUCCAGAGGCGAAUGCUGUUAAACCAAGCCUUCAGCGGAGAUCAACAGAUCUCAGGUAUUCUUGGUGGUCAGAGGAAGGACCUUUCAUCAAAAAAGGGUGAGUAA